AUGGCACAACACGACGCGCAUACGCUACCCGCAGAAAUCAUAUUCAUGAUAUCCGCAGCGGCCUCCACGAACGACCUCCGCACCGCGACGAAGCUCUGCCUUGUCUGCCACGCGACGCGAGGAUGGGUGCUGCCCGUCAUGUACGGGUCCGUAGUGCUCACCACCGCCCGCGACAUCGAAACCCUCGCCGCCGCACUCACUCGCCUCACGACCGACGCACCGACCCUCGAGCACCCAGCGUCUCGCAUCCGCCGACUGUGGAUCGGCCCCACAUGGACCCCGUCACCGCAGAAAGCACACCCUUCAGAGUCUUCCUCCCUGCAGACGCUCUCCUCACACACAGCGUGGCCGUCCCCUUCCAUCCGCGCCAUCCUCUCCCUCGCGACCAACCUCGACGCGCUCGCCGUCCUCGCCGCCCCGUCCUCGUUCUCCCUCGCCACUCUCUCAGUGCCCAAGACCGUACGAGCACUCACCUUAGGACCGGCACACGGGCCGCUCAAUCUGAAUCGGUUCCCGCACAUCCGCUCGGUGACGAGCGUGAACACGAUGGUCUUCGAGGACGAGCUGCGCGCGAUCCUGUUCGGGGACCGGAGGUCGGCGGCGCGGCGGCGGGUGCGGAUGGUGGUCAGUUGUCUCCAGAAGGCCAUCGCGGACAACGGGUUCAAUAACGUGCUUGUCGUCAGCCGGACUACUAUGCCUCAAGUUCGAGGCAAUGCGCCGCUAACGGUCGUCAUCAACGUCAGGCCACCCUACUCGACCUAG